AUGUUACCCGCUCCUCAAUCUACAGCAUCAGAAAAAACUGUUGAUGAUUGUACCAUAUGUUUGAAUGCUCUUACCCAGGGAGCUCCUCUUUUGACGUUGUCUUGUGGUCAUAAAUACCAUUUUCAAUGUCUAGCAUCGAACAUCAAAGCACAAAAUAAAGAAUGUCCUUUGUGUCGUGUUAAAAUUGAGGAUUCAGUUGUUAAAACACUUUCACGCCCUAUUGAGCUCUCAUUACAACUACAACGACAACAACAACCGAUUGCAACUCCACAUUCUGUAGUUGUGCCUUCAGUUGAAGAUCUCAUUGAUGAGGUUGCUGUACGGGAACUUAGCGAUCGUCUUGCUUCUGCUCAACAGACGGCAAUUACUUCACCCAAUGAAACUGACAACCUUCCACUGAUAACUGUUUCAACAACAUUAGAAUAUGAAGCUCAAGUUUCGCAGGAAGAAUCAAAUAUUUACGGUCUUGUUACUCUUCAAGCACCAACUGUUAUCCAACCGGUAGAGACCGAAUCGCUUGUGUCGUCUCAUAUUCCAAUCGAUCUCGUUUGUGUUGUUGAUCAAAGUGGAUCGAUGUCAGGUGACAAAAUAGCCUUAUUGAAACAGACUUUGGUCUACAUUGUCGAAAAAAUGAAUGAAAUUGAUCGACUAGCUAUUAUUUCAUUCAAUACUAGAGCUUUUGAUCGUUCACAUGGCCUGAAACGGAUGAAUCAACAAAACAAACAGAUCUUGAUUAAUGCGAUCAAUACUGAUAUUAUCAGUGAAGGUGGUACUUAUAUUGGAAGUGGAUUACAAAUGGGUAUCAACUUAUUUACUAGUCGUCAAACAAAAAAUCCAUUGAAUGGCUUGCUCUUGCUCACUGAUGGUCAAGACAAUGACAGUCAUGACUACACGCAACUGAUGCAUACUUUACCCAGUGGUGUUCAAUGUCACAUAUUUGGUUACGGAUCUGAUCAUGCGACUGCAGUACUAGUGCAAUUAGCCGAGCAAGGGAAUGGCGGCACAUUUACUUAUAUUGAUGAAGAACACGCUAUUGGUCCUGCAUUCGCGAUGACUCUCGGUGGCCUAUUUACAUGUGUUGCACAAGAGCUUCAAAUUAACAUCGAAUUUACUGGAGCUUAUAAAGUCACUCAUGUUCAUUCGAAAUAUAAAUAUGAACCUGAACAGUUGCCCUCAACUACACUUAAUGUCAAGUUACAUGAUUUGAAUGCUGAAGAAAAGCGAAACUUUGUUUUUCAAUUACAUGUACCGAAACUGGACAAUAAUAAACAAAAUGUAGACAUGGCUAGUCAACAAGCGAUGUCUUUGUCUCAAUCUUCAGAAGAAAUACAAUUGUUAGAAAGCCAAACCAUUGUAGGUAAUGUAACUGCUGUCUACAUCGAUCCUAAUAGUCGUCGUGCAAUAACGAUAGAUCCAGUUUCGUUCAAUUUAGAUCGAGGUUCUCAUCCUCCAACUGAUCUUCUUCGUGUCAAUUAUGUACUUGAUAUUCAACGAAAUCGUGUAGAAAUGGCACAUGCACUAGCACAAGCAAUGUCCGAGGAUGACUAUCGACAAUCACGUGCUAUUCUCAAAGCUCAAGUAAACAAGAUCAAGGCCAGUGUAUCUGGACAAGAUCCCUUCUGUCAAAAGCUAAUUAAAGAUCUUGAGUAUCGCUAUCCAUCAGAACGUGCUUAUCGAUCAUCACAUCAAAAUAGUUAUGUGUGUCAUGGAACGGAACGUGGUACAUACACACCGAGUGGCACUAUAAGCUCGCGACAGUAUGUUAGUUUCAACCAACGGCAAAUGGUUUUUGAUUUUGAAAAUAAAAACACUUCAUAA